CCAGCGAUGAGUGGUUCCGGCAAAGGAUUAUUGGGAUUAUGGCUGUAUCACAGUGGCGAUCAGGAGUGGGCAGUUAAGGAGGGCAGCCCAAUACACCGGCGAAAGGAAUUUGCUAAAUCUGUCGAUCAUAGCAACGGCAACGAACGGAUGGGUUCCGAUCGUACCUCGAUUAUCUUUACGCUGAAAAACCAAAUCGGCGGACUGGCCAGUGCGCUGCGUGUGUUCCAAGAGCUCGGCAUCAAUGUGCUGCACGUGGAGCUAAACAAGAGCGGCGAAACGUGCGACAGUGCGGACGUUCUCGUCGAUGUUGAGUGUGAUGCGAAUCGGUUGGAUCAAGUGUUGCGUUUGCUGAAGCGCGAAGUCCAAUCGGUCAACUAUGCGGCCCAGGUGAACAGCGAUGGACCACCGCCCACUCCGCUGUCCGCGUGUGGAAGUUUUGAUUUCGGUGAAAUGCACUGGUUUCCGAGGAAAAUUUCCGACCUGGACCGUGCGCAAAAUGUGCUGAUGUACGGCAGUGAGCUGGAUGCAGACCAUCCCGGGUUCAAGGAUCCGGUGUACCGCAAGCGUCGAGAGCAGUUUGCGGCCAUUGCCAACUCCUACAAGCAUGGCAGUCCCAUCCCGAGGGUUCAGUACACACCGGAGGAAAUCAAAACCUGGGGAACCGUUUUCCGUGAGCUGCACAAGCUUUACAUCAAGUACGCAGUACCGGAGUAUCUGGAGAACUGGCCCGAGCUGGUGAAGUACUGUGGCUACCGAGAGGACAAUCUUCCCCAGCUGCAAGAUAUUAACAUCUUUCUGAAGCGCAAAACAGGCUUCCAGAUACGUCCCGUCGCCGGAUAUCUUUCACCGCGCGAUUUCCUGUCCGGGUUGGCGUUCCGGGUGUUUCACUGCACCCAGUACAUCCGGCACUCGUCCGACCCAUUCUACACACCGGAACCCGACUGCUGUCACGAGCUGCUCGGGCAUAUGCCACUGCUGGCCAACUCAAGCUUCGCACAGUUCUCGCAGGAGAUUGGUCUGGCGUCGUUGGGUGCUUCGGAGGAUGAUAUUAACAAGCUGGCAACGCUGUACUUCUUCACGGUAGAGUUUGGACUGUGCCGCCAGAAGGACGGUAGUUUUAAGGUGUUCGGUGCGGGAUUGCUUUCCUCUGUGGCGGAGUUGCAGCAUGCGAUCACCACACCGGAGAAGAUUAAGCGGUUCGAUCCGGAGAUUACGUGUGAGGAGGAGUGCAUCAUCACGGCGUACCAGAAUGCGUACUAUUACACGGACUCGUUCGAGGAGGCUAAGGAGAAGAUGAGAGCUUAUGCAGACACCAUUCAGCGUCCAUUUGGCGUCCGAUACAACCCAUACACGCAAACGGUGGAGGUGUUAAGCAAUGCGAAGAAGAUAACUGCUGUCGUGAGUGAGUUGCGUGGCGAUCUGAGCAUUGUUUCAUCUGCACUGAAGAAAGUGUCCGCGCUGGAUGAAAAUCUUGACGUGGAAAAGAUUGAGAAACUGCUCUCCAGUAGUUUACACGUAUGCGAUAAAACACUUGGCCCUGAAGAUCACGCCGAUUGCUCCGAACGUAGUACGACCCCAACAACGGUGAAGAAAGAAUAA